CUGAAGUACGACCGGAAGUGCGUGUUUUUAAUCUCGCUAGCUUGUUAGCUCGUUAGCGGAAGUGCGUGACUACACUGGUGAAUACGGAAAUAACGAGCUAAGCCAGAAUCAAAUAAAUAAAGGAUUAAUAUCGAGUUACUGCCGGUGUUAAGCCUGUAACGCUGUCCCACAAUGUCCAGGCAAUCCAACCGAACAACAGACAGCAAGAAGAUGAACUCUGAGCUGUUCACUCUGACCUACGGGGCGCUGGUCACCCAGCUCUGUAAAGACUACGAGAAUGACGAAGAAGUCAAUAAACAACUGGACAAGAUGGGUUAUAACAUCGGAGUGCGUCUGAUCGAGGACUUCCUGGCACGCUCCAGCAUUGGCAGGUGUCAGGAUUUCCGAGAAACAGCAGAUGUCAUUGCUAAGGUUGCGUUUAAGAUGUACCUGGGAAUCACCCCCAGUGUGACCAACUGGAGCCCAGCAGGAGAUGAAUUCUCCCUCAUACUUGAGAACAACCCGCUGGUGGACUUUGUGGAGCUGCCGGAUAACCACAGCACACUGGUCUACUCCAACCUGCUAUGUGGGGUCCUCAGAGGAGCCCUGGAGAUGGUCCAGAUGGCCGUGGAUGUGAGAUUUGCUCAGGACACUCUGAGAGGAGACAAUGUGACAGAAAUCCGCAUGAAGUUCAUCAAGAGGAUCGAAGAGAAUCUCCCAGCAGGAGACGAGUGACGAGAAGAUCCUUCCCUCAACUUCUUGUGUCUCAUUCUGGGACGACCCGAGUCAUACGAGGAAGACCGUCAGAGGAUGAAUGAACUGAACUCAAAACAUCGAGAUGAGUGGUACACCUCAAUAAAACAAUUCCUUGGCACUGAUCUGUGCUCCAGUUAGAGGGAAACGUUUUUUUGUAAGUGUGUGCCUCCGACCAUUUAUCUGUCGCAUCCCUCAUGGAAAGUCACUUUUUCUUUAAUGUUAAAAUAUCCUGUUUCUUGAAAGAAUUGUCUUUUCAUUUGGCCAUGUAUAGACAGUUUUUUUUUUUUUUGGGUGCAAGGCUGGAAAGUCUUGCAUCGUAAUGUUUUUAUGUUUGUCUUGUUUUCUUGUUUUGUCGUUGUUUUUUUAUGAAAUCAAAUCACACUAUAUUGCUGCCAAUUAUAUGGCAUGUUAAUUUAUGUAGAUGGUUAUGUCAAAUAAAAGCGACAUAUUUAAUAUGA